ACGCGCUUUCCCGCAACCGCGCUCGUGUUUGUUUUCAAACAAUUUUUUGAUUACACCUAUAAAAUUUCGAAGGGGCACGGCGCGAGUAUACCGAGGAUACGUGCGUCCAAAAGUGCUGUCGGAUACUUGUACUGUCGUAGCGCGCGGUGGCGAAGAUACAAGAAGCCUGUAAUUGACCCGAGAGUACGCGAGCGCGUUGGCUGAGCAAAAGUUCUAGAAAUAGCGUGGCUGGCGCACUCUAUUACACCUAUGGUCGUGUUGGUUUGACUCUUUCUCUCUUGUAUACACAUAUACACGUAUACGCUCUGUGACUUGGAAAUGCGAUAGACGAGAGAAUGGAAGCGGUUCGCGGCAGCAUCGCCGAGGUCCAAGAUUUGGGGCGUAGUUGGCUGAGGAGGUUGUACGAGCCGCUCGAGAGGGCGGAGGAGGAGCUCCUGCGGAUGCGAAACUUUUCGGCCCUUGCCGAGCAGUUGGCCUUUAUGGCGCUGGCCGAUCGAUUGCUCCUACCGGCAGGUCCGACUCGGAAGCUCAACUGCCUGUACACCCUGAUGUUCUACAACGUGUUGGCCUACUGUUUCGGCUACGUGAGGGAACUCGCGUCCAAGGGCGAUUGGUCGCCCUACGUCACUCUAACCGCCACCUCGAGCGUACGGCAUUUGGCCAUGUCCGCCACCAAACUCGUCCUCGAGUGGACCAAGGCCGUCACUUUUUUCAUCACCCUCGUCUUUACCCUCCUCGUUUUUUCCUUCGAGCAGGCUCUUCACGACUACAAGCCAUCCUUGGUCUACGUAUUCCUAACACUGAGCUACUACAUGGCCACGGAGAAGGUGUUCGCGAGCAUGUUUCCGUCAGCGCUGAGCCACCUGGAGCUCGACACACUCGAGAGCCUCGAGCACCUGUACGGGCCACUGGUACUCCGGCUGUUCACGGUGUCUCUCUCGGGGCUCUUUGUCCUUCUCCUCCUGCCAGUCGCCCCCUGGCGCUUCCUAUUCGCGUCGUUCUACCUGAACGUGGUGCUCCGUGGCAAGGAGCUCGCGCGCACCCAGUGGCCGGCCCUGAUCAAGGAACGCCGGGUACUCUCGAGGUACAGGCGCGCCACGAGGGCCGAGAUCCGCGAGUUCGACGACGUUUGCGCGGUCUGCCUCUCGGCGAUGAGCCGGGCCCGGGUCACCCCGUGCCACCACCUGUUUCACGACACCUGCUUGCGCCAGUGCUUGAAAAAUACCGACGUUUGUCCGCUGUGCAAGCGCCCCUUUGUUUUUGCCUAGACGCCCUAUAUGAACCUAUCGAUCCUCAUCUCUUUCUCACCAUUAUUAUAUUUAUAAACACGUACUAGGUGUAUAUUUUUAUGCGUAUCAAACGUCUUUGCUUCUGUUUGACACUUUUUUUCAAAUCGUUGUUGCAACCGACCAAUAUGCUUGAUUCUCCCCAUCGAACGUUUAUUAUUAUUAUUCGUUGCAGUAAAUGCAGUUGCGGAUGAACGAGAUCGAUGAAUCAUUCAAAAUGAUCGAGUACAUCAUUAUCAUCAUCAAUAAGGGUCAGAACCGAUUUUGUAUAUAUACAUAGCUAUACGUAGAAUCGUUGGUGGCUGUUAUUAAAAAUUGUGUAUAUACAAUACGGAUAGAUGCGAUCGAAAACCGAAUAAAAUCGAACUAAGUAGAAGCGGUUAAAAAAAAUUUUUAAGCAAAACAAAGAUUUGUUCGGUAUAGGAUAUACAUAUACUGCUCCUUUAAAAUUGUACGUGUUUAAUGUUUAAAAAUUAAUAAUACCAUUUAAUACCAUCAGGAAAUAAUACAAAAUUCUUUUAAACAUUUUAAGCAACAAAUGUCUCUCCUAUCUCUUGCAGGAUGUAUUAGAUGUUAUAGAUUUAAUUAUGAUGCAUCAAACGUUUGUGCCUAAAAAUUUGUUAUUCAACGGAAAAACACAUGUAUGUAUGUAUGUAUGUAUGUAUAUAUGUGCCAUACAUGGACUGCUUCUUUGUGUGAAUUUACAAAUUACGGUUCAACUUGACGCGGAAUUAAAAGGGAGCAAGCCAAAAGUACGUAUAUGUAUAGGUGUGCACAGUAAAAAUUUUUCGUAAUUUUACCAUCCAUGGGAUGUUGGAAGUAAUGCAUAAAUUUUAUAGCAUUAGCUGUAAUAUAUUUGUGUACAUAGAAAUGUUACACACUAUUUCCGUCUCGCGAAAAAAAGGUAACGGAAUACCAGGGAAUACAUAUAUAUAUCUAUUGUUGGUUGUUAUACUGGUAUCGAGUGCCCGUUAAUAAGAGAUUUAAUUAAGCCGGCCAGAGUACAAGUACUUACCAAAGAUUGUUACUUGAAGAUUUCUUAAUUGUCACUGAGUAAAAUGAGUAAACGGUUGAAAGUCGAGUGUUUUCCGUGUGACUGCUGUCACGGCAAAGAAAACGUGUUUACCAUUAUUCAUAAAAUCACUUUGGACAAAGCAAUGGCAAAUGGAUGAGACGAACAUAAAUUAUAGGCCAGAAAUUGCAAAAUUCCGUGGUGUAUCACCCAUCUUGCAGAACCAAGUUGACUGUUAGGUAUAUGAAAAAGGCAUGCGUGCAAAGACAAGAAAGAAAACCUGGCAACUGGGAUAAAAUACAUGAAUCACGUGAGAACUGUUAAAUUUUGUCGAAAUUUGUUCAAAAAGAAGUUAUAAUGUAUUGUAGUGGACUUAUUUUCUAUGUAUCAGUCUAUAUCUAAUAAAUUUUCGGAACAAGAUUUUAAAAAUUACAUGGCACAAAACUUACAAGAUAAGUUGCAAAAUUUUUAUCGCAGUAUACUUUUCACGCAGUAAUUAACCGCUGAUGUUUAUGGAAAUACAAAAAUAAAAGUGACAAUUCUCUAAAAUCUGAUGAAUGCGACAUACUUCUUGAGCAUACUUCUUGUGAAGUUCUCUAAAGUAAUAUCGAUGUAAUUGAAAAGAGAUUUUUUUUUUAAUACUAAAUAGAUUUCUGUUAAAAAAUGUAUUAUUCAAUUUUCUGCUACAUCUAUGGUUGCGAAUCGGUGUUUUUUUUCAAGACAUUAUUUCCAUUAAUUAAUUGAAGUAUUUUACUUUUUUUGUGUACAGGGGAAAAAUGAGUUAUUAAAUGAUUGUGGAUUAGUCUUAUUAUCUGUGUGUGUUUAUUUACACACGUGUAUAAAGACUUUUACCAGUCUGUGACAUUACUAUUGGAUUAAUUUGAAUAGAGUUUUUCACUCAAUACACUUUGAGCUGAGGUAUUGUUCAAAGACUCCAUAUCAUUAUGUUUUAAACUAAAGGAUUAAUUUUUCGUUGCUCACGUAUUUAGUAAGAAGUGCAGAUAAAUCUUUGUACAAAAUUUUUCAUCACCAAUAAAAACGUUAUGAGAAAAACAGUUUAAACACAA